GGCUUGAGUGGCAAGUUGUUUGUUCAGCGAGCCCAGCUGCUCGCCCCGCGCCGCUGCUCUGCCCGGCUCCGCUCCGCUCCCGCCCCGCAACUUCGGCACCCGCAUCCCCGCCCCCGGAGCCGGGUAGGGGGAGAAGGAGCCGAGGAGAGGGGAGGAAAAAAAGGAGAGGAAAAAAAAAAAAAGGAAAAAGAGGAAAAAACCAAAAAACAACCACUACCAACAAGGCAGCGACAAUAACAGCCCCCCCUCCCCCUCCCCAUUCAAAAACACAAAAUAAACCCCGGGGAUAGAUGAACUACAAAUGAGAAAGAGGAAAAGAUGGAACUGCACAUCCUAGAGCACAGGCUCAGAGUGGCCAGCAUAGCCAAGGAGAGCAUCCAGUUGUUUACCUAUGGAUUAAUCAAACUUGCUUUCCUGUCCUCCAAGACGAGGUGCAAGUUCUUCAGCCUCACGGAAACCCCCGAGGACUACACCAUCAUUGUGGAUGAAGAGGGCUUCCUAGAGCUCCCUUCCUCGGAGCACCUGAGCGUGGCCGAUGCCACAUGGCUUGCCCUCAACGUGGUGUCCGGCGGAGGAGGCUUCUCUGGCUCCCAGCCCAUCGGCGUGACCAAAAUUGCCAAGUCAGUCAUAGCACCACUAGCUGACCAAAACAUCUCAGUGUUCAUGCUCUCCACCUAUCAGACAGACUUCAUCUUGGUACGUGAGCGAGACCUGCCCUUCGUCAUGCACACGCUGGCUGCAGAGUUCACCAUCCUCAGAGUAGUGAACGGGGAGACGGUGGCCGCCGACGACCUUGGGAUAACAAAUGGAUUUGUCAAACCAAAAUUGGUUCAGAGGCCUGUCAUUCACCCCCUUUCCAGUCCGAGUAAUAUGUUCUGCGUCACCAGCCUGGACCCAGAUACCCUUCCCACUGUUGCUACACUCCUAAUGGAUGUCAUGUUUUACUCCAAUGGAGUAAAGGACUCGGUGGUGGGCAAUGAAGACUCGGGACACAUUCGCUUUUUCUCCUUUUCUCUCAUCGAGGGUUACAUCUCCUUGGUCAUGGAUGUCCAGACACAGCAGAGAUUUCCCAAUAAUUUGUUGUUUACAAGUGCAUCUGGUGAACUCUGGAAGAUGGUGCGGAUUGGUGGGCAGCCCCUUGGCUUCGAUGAAUGUGGAAUUGUCGCUCAGAUUUCUGAGCCUUUGGCCGCGGCCGACAUCCCAGCCUACUACAUCAGUACUUUUAAGUUUGAUCACGCGUUGGUACCUGAAGAAAAUAUAAACGGUGUGGUCAAUGCACUCCAAGUCAGUCAAGCUGAAAAGCAUUAGAAAUCUUCUGAGCUGGUUCCAGAUGCUUUUUAUUAUUAUUAUAAUUAUUAUUAUUAUUCUUUUUUUUUUUUUUUU